AUGCCGCGAACAGUCCGAGGAGUAGGACCAGGACCGCCACGAGUUGCGCUUCUUGCCUCUCUGGUACUCCUUCUGCUAAAUAAAUGCGGAGUAAAGGCGGUAAAUAUUCCAGUUCACUCGUCACCGUCGUCAGUGGAGAGCUUGGUGAAAGCUCUAGAAAAUGCCGCAAAUAGAAUUGGGAAAGCCGCAGAUGAGGUUAACGGUGCUACUGGUGGUAGUAGAAUUUUUCAUUUUUUUUCCUUGAAGAUCCCAUGUUUCAACAUCUAGUUCUGCUUUCCUUGGCCGAAAGUUUCAUUGAACAUUGUGUGCUUUUCGUCGUAGUGGCAGAAGCAAAAACUUCCAAAACACCUCAGGGGAACAAGAUCAUGGGAAGCAAAAGUCGACUUCCACCAAGGAAGCAAGUGGAGGCGCAAGUGUAGUGGUUGCUCGUCGUAGCACUAAUAGAGAUAGCGGUUGGUCAAAUGCGACAAGAAACGACAGCACGACCUCAUCUUCGACUUAA